CAAAGAAGAAAGACAGAGCAACGAAAAUGGCAAUGUUCCUCUGUUUCUGUUUCCUCUUACCUUUUUUCUUGAUCUUCUUGAAAAAUCUCAAACCUUCGAAAUGGAAGCUACCUCCGGGACCAAAGAAGCUUCCGAUCAUCGGAAACUUACACCAACUCCAUGAACUACCUCCCAGGAGCCUCUCCCAUAACUACGGGCCAGUGAUGCUUCUGCGUUUUGGUUUCGUUACCGUGGUGGUGAUCUCAUCUAAAGAAACAGCAGAGGAAGUACUCAAGAACCACGAUAUCGAUUGUUGUAGCCGACCAAAGACAGAAGGGACAAGAAAGAUCUCUUACAACUUUAAAGACAUUGGCUUCGCUCCUUAUGGUGAAGAAUGGAAGAUGAUGAGAAAGCUCUCAGUGGUCGAGCUCUUCAGCUCAAAAAAGUUUCACUCUUUUAGGUAUAUAAGAGAGGAGGAGAAUGACUUGUUGGUCAAGAAACUGUCUGAAGCUGCUUCAAAGCAAUCUCUGGUGAGUCUGAAGAAAACCCUACACACGUUAGUCGGGAGUAUUGUAUGUAGGAUCGCGUUUGGGCUAAAUCUUCAUGACUGCGAGUUCAUAGAUGAAGAUAGCAUCAUGGAUCUUGUGCACAAGUCUGAGUUACUCGAGAUGACUUCUAUGUUCUCUGACUUUUUCCCUAGAGGUAUGGGUAGACUCAUGGACUGGAUCUCCGGUCAGAACAAGAGAUUGGAUCAUGUUUUCUCGGAGCUCGACACUUUCUUCCAGAACAUUCUCAAUGAUCAUCUUAAGCCUGUGAGAAGAGAUGCAGAGAGGUCUGAUAUAAUCGACGUGAUGAUCGAUAUGAUGGAGCAAGAGAAAGAUGGAGACUCGUUCAAGUUCACAACGGAUCAUCUGAAGGGAAUGAUCUCGGACAUAUUUAUUGCAGGGGUUAGCACAAGCGCCUUCACAUUGAUAUGGGCAAUGACAGAACUGAUAAGAAAUCCUAGAGUGAUGAGGAAAGUAAAAGAUGAGAUUCGGACAACACUGGGGGACAAGAAAGAGAGAAUCACAGAAGAGGAUCUAAACAAGCUUCACUACUUUAAGCUAAUGGUCAAGGAGAUAUUUAGGUUACACCCAGCAGCUCCACUUUUACUCCCAAGGGAGACAAUGUCUCACAUUAAGAUCCAAGGCUAUGAUAUUCCCCAAAAGACACAGAUCUUGAUCAAUGCUUACGCUAUAGCACGUGAUCCAAGCGUGUGGAAAAACCCUGAUGAGUUUGAUCCUGAUAGGUUUCUUGAUAGUUCAGUAGAUUACAAGGGAGUAAACUUUGAGCUUUUACCGUUUGGUUCUGGUCGGAGAAUCUGUCCAGGGAUGGCAAUGGGGAUCACACUUGUUGAACUAGGGUUGUUGAAUCUACUUUACUUCUUUGACUGGGGUUUGCCGGAGAAUGGAGAAGCUGAGAGGAACAUGAAAGACAAGGAUUCUGCUCUUGACCUCGUUCAAGUUAUUUGCCACUGAAAAAUCUUAUAACAUUUCUUUUGCAACACGUCUUGUUACAUUAAGCUCAAACUUUCAUUCAAGAAGCGUGUUUAAUGCUCUUU